AUGCGCGGACGACUCGCGGGAUCCAUGGCCGAUACCUGCAUUUCCAGCAACACGCCGCUCACGCCAACUCCAUACGAAGCAUCCGACGACGAGGUCCCCAGCUCCUCGUCCGGUAUCGGCCAUGCCAUCGGCAACGCAGAGCUCGAGACUGGACACGGGUGCAGCUUGACGACGCCCCAAAGCGACCUCAUGUCUCCUUCGAACGCCGUGGAGGCUCACUACGGGUGUCUGGACGCCAUCGCGGUCGACUGUGCUGUCAGUACAGAGGGGAAGGCCAAGUCCUUCAACUUCACAGCAGAGUGCGAGUCUGCUCAGCGUCGUCAGCGCCGUUCCUUGCAGCAAUGUUGCAUCAGUUGGCAGCACGUGUCGUACAUCAUCCAGCCCAAGAAGCGCUGGUUGUCGAAGUGCACAAGCACCAAGAGCGGAUCAAGUAACCAACAACCGCGCAAGAUUCUGAGCAAUGUGUGGGGCCGAUCGGGGCCCGGAGACCUCACCGCUAUCAUAGGCCCCUCCGGGGCUGGCAAGACCACUUUACUCGACAUUCUAGCGGAUCGAGUGCCGCCUGGAGGUCCCGGCGUGCGUGUCGAAGGCAUUGUCGAUGUAAAUGGCCAUCCUCGGAACCCUCGCAGCUUCCACUACAUCAUGAACUACGUCUCGCAGGACAUGGCGUUCCUCGGAUCCUUCUCCGUUCUUGAGACACUGCAGAUCGCUGCGGGCCUUGGGCUGCCCAGCCACGUACCAAUACUUACGCGCGAGUCUCGAGUUCAAGACGUAAUCGACGCUAUGGGGCUGCGCGCGUGUAUGCAUGCGAACGUCGGGGACAUCUUCCACAAGGGCAUUUCGUCUGGCCAGCGCAAGCGACUCGGUAUUGCUGUAGAGCUGCUCUCAGACCCAGCGUUGAUACUGCUGGACGAGCCAACAUCGGGCCUCGACGCCUCGUCAGCUCGGAGUAUGAUGCAGCAUAUCGAGCGACUGUGUCUAGAAGACGGCAAGAACGUCAUCUGCACCAUCCACCAGCCUUCGUCUUCAGUGUUCGAGAUGCUGACGAACUUGGUGAUCCUGAGCGACGGAGAGCUCGUGUACUUCGGCCCCGCGGCAGCAGCUCUCACACACUUCUUCUCCAUGGGCUACGUGUGCCCACUCUAUUCGAAUCCGGCGGAGUUUUUUGUGCAUCUAGUCAACGUGGACUUCCAUCCGGGGUUGAAGCUUGGCCCGUUCGUAGAAGCACUGGAAGAAGGCGCCGAGCCGCAGCGACUGCGCGUUGACGUGGCUCGAGAUCGCUACAUGCGGGACGUCAACAUCAUCAACGUCGCCAUCCUGCGAGCCAUGCGGCCGUCAAGACUCGACCAGUUCUGCGUGCUAUUGCAUCGCAACCUGGUCAACAAUUGGCGCCACCCGGGCGUGUUCUGGCUGCGCGUGCUCAUGUACAUCUUGCUGUCCUUCAUGGUCGGCACCAUGUACUUGAGCUCCAACCAAGACAUUACAAGUUCCGCUAUGGUGCCGCUACUCUUCUACGUGCAGGCCUUCUUGGUCUUCAUGUCCGUUGCAGCUCUGCCCGCUCUAUUGGAGCAACGCGCAGUGUUAGAGCGCGAAGUUCGGUCCCAUUCCCUGCACCUCGCGAGCUACACGACGGCCAAUCUCCUCGGUGCGCUGCCCGGCGUCAUGUUCAUCUCGUUGUUGGCGGCAUUCAUCGUCGUCUACUUCGCCCACGUGCACUCGUUCGGGUCCUUCUUCCUUAACCUGACGCUGUCGCUGGUCACGGCCGAGUCCAUGAUGCACUUGCUGGGUGCUGCGGUGCCGCACUAUAUAAUGGGCAUCGCACUGGGCGCUGGGCUCUUCGGCAUGUUCAUGCUGUGCGAAGGCUUUAUGGUGCCAUUCGAUGCGAUCCCUGCGUACUGGAAGUGGGGCUACUACCUCGCGUUCCACACGUACUCGUUCGAGGCGUUCAUGUACGAGCAUUUCUCGCAAGUGAACACAGAGGAGGCCUGGGAGCUGCUGAAAAGCUACGGCGUGGAGAACGUCAACGUGUCUCGCAACAUGCUCAUUCUCGUGGGGUACGCAGCAGCGUUGCAGCUCGCAGCUAUUGUAGUGCUAGCCUUCCGAUUUGGCCGCCAUAAGCACCAUUAG